GCUCAGUUAAAGGAGAAAAAAAAAAAUUUGUAGGAAGUUUUUAAGCUUUGUAGCAUCUCAAAUACAUAGAGUUUUCUCUUCAGGUUGUAAAGAAAGAGGUGAAAGAAACUGCUGAACAACUUUCCUAGUGUUUGAGCUAGGAUAGGAGGCUACAAUUCACAGCUUAUUCCUAGCUAUCUGCCCCACACUCUUUAAGUUAACCUCAAGUGUAACUUCUCCCUAACUCUUUCCUAUUAAAACCAUCCACUUAAACUGAAGUUGUGUUUUUUUUUUUUUAACUGCUUGUAUGUGCUCUCUUUCUUUUGCUCAUUUGACAACUAGCAAAUAUCUGCUAUUCCAGCAGAUGGAAAUGGAAAGAGAUCUUUGGACAGAAUAAGAACAGAUUGAAAGAUGGUGACUAUCGAAUGUGGUUCAGCUGCAGCUCUCAGCCCCUUGAAAACUGGUGCUAGAAUUAGAAAUGCUCUUCAGGCGUUAUGGUUCUCCUCAUUGCCCUGCUAGACCAUGCUGUGUGUAUUUUGUUGGGUUUUGUUUCUUUGUGUUUUUUUCCCAGAACUCAUUUCUAAGAAGCAUAUGAUGCUGAAGACCUGUCAGAUCACACAGACAAAGCGAAGGCUAUAUGCCAUGGAUUCUUCCCAUCAUCGAGUGCAUUAUAAAACAAGCCAAUUAAAGGUCACAUUUGUUAGUCACAACUUUUGUGGUUUGGCUCUUAGUGAGCAGCAGGCUAUGUGAGAGCAGGACGUGUGUAUGCUCAAGGCUGUCUUGCAGUAAAGUGCUGUGGAGAGGAUGUGUGGUGUCAAAGCAGAGUGUCAAAAACAAAAUUAAGGCUGUAGCUAUUUCUCACAUAUCCGUUCAAUAUAAACAUUUGUAGCAGCAUCUUUGAUGUUGUCCAUUUGCUUGCUUUUCAGUUCUUUAAGACAAUGCUGUAGAAUUGACAAGGCCGAAGAGACAAUUCCUUGCACACAAACAGAACAGCAGUCUGUAGCACUUGUUGGCUCCGAUGCUAAGAACAGACAUUUGUGAAUUAUCACUUGUCUAUGGUUUCUAAAGAAAGUUCUGUGCUUCCCACAUUCUUUUCUUCUUGGUGAUCUCACUAAAGCUAAAAGUAAAAAUGGAGCUGCUGAAGGUCACUUUCCUCAUCCAUCAAUCUUACAGAUAAGCCUUCUUACUAGAUUUUUUUUUUUAAACUGCAACUCUGUCUCACUCAGGUAAGUGAAUUUACCUAUUUGUAGAAGUUAAGUGUGUUGUUUAAAGCAGUACCUUUUUGGAAUCAGCUGAGGUGUACAGACUUCUCCAGAGGGUAACUUCUCCUAAUGUAACACAGCUGUCUCCUAAUGUAACACAGGUGAGAUGAAUUUGCUCUGAACAUGCCUUCCUCUGCACUAAAGAAGCCUGGACAAAGUAUGUUGAUUACAAGAGGUUUUGUAUGUUCUCAUCUAGCCAGAGUGCUAGAGCUCCUUCCUAAAGAUGCAGUUACAGAGGAAACCAUCUUCUUCCCAUCACAGUGGCAGCAAGUCUCUUCGCCUCCUUCUUUCAUUUUCUCCCAUAAGAAGUCCAACCACAAACCAGGAUGGUCAUAGCUGAGUCCUUGGAUUUGAAGUCUUGUUGAUGCCAGUGAGAUUGAUACCAGGGCCUUCAAGAGAAAAAGACUUUCUGAUAGACCUGCUCCACUCCAUUCAAGCCUAUGACUGGGGGUUUCACCGUACCACCAUCCUUUGCUCUCCAGUUGCACAAGAUGGGUUCAUUCAGAAGGCCCCGACCUCGCUUCAUGAGCUCUCCAGUGCUCAGUGACCUGCCGCGUUUCCAGGCAGCUCGGCAGGCUCUGCAGCUCAGCUCCAACUCGGCGUGGAACAGUGUUCAAACAGCAGUGAUAAAUGUGUUUAAAGGGGGAGGCUUGCAGAACAAUGAACUUUAUACCCUCAAUGAAACUAUCAGACGGCUGCUGAAGAGUGAACUGGGAUCCUUCAUCACUGAUUACUUUCAGAACCAGCUCCUUGCGAAAGGCUUACUCUUCAUAGAGGAGAAGGUUAAGCUGUGUGAAGGUGAGGAUCGCAUUGACAUCCUGUCUGAAAUUUGGGAUCACUACUUCACUGAAACUCUCCCUACACUCCAGGCAAUAUUCUACCCAGUCCAGGGUCAGGAGUUGACCAUCCGUCAGAUUGCACUUCUUGGUUUCAGAGACUUGGUCUUGCUAAAAGUGAAGCUGGAAGAAAUUCUUCCUCUGGUCCAAACAAAGCUUCCAGCUUCCAUUGUCCAGAUGCUGUUAAUUCUACAGAGUGUCCAUGAGCCUGAUGGCCCCAGUGAGAGCUACCUACAGCUGGAAGAAUUGGUCAAGCAGGUGGUGUCACCAUACUUAGGUUUGUGUGAAGACCACAGCUUCUCUGGUAGCACCUGCUUGCUUGAGAGACGGUACUCCAGAUCCCGUUCCAAAGCUGGUGGACUGAGUUACUCCUCUCACCUGGUGGGCAGUCGGCAGCCCAGUGAGAUGGCCCUGACACCUCUGACGGAGCAGGAGGGUGAGGCUUAUCUGGAGAAGUGUGGUAGCAUCCGUCGCCACACUGUUGCCAAUGCUCACUCAGAUAUUCAGCUCCUGGCGAUGGCCUCCAUGAUGCACACAGGCAUGGUGAUCGAGGAGUCGGACAGUAAUGACAAAUGUCUUCUCCUACAGCCCAGUUUCAGCCACAGGCAGUGCUCCAGCGAGCCCAGUAUUGCUGAUGGGCCUGAAGGAGGCGUGGCGACAGGCAGGCAGGACUCAGCAGAGCUGAACUGCACAUCAGUCAGCUAGAAGAAGUCUCUCUGAGGAGGGGAAGAGCGUAUGUGCUAAGCUGGACAAAUGCUCAUGUCACCCUCGCUGGAAGGAAAGGAAAGGGUUUUGCUCCUGGUAUUGACAUGUCCUUGGAUGAUCUAAUGUCUCUUUGGGAAUGCUCUCCAGACUCGUUUUCCUUGCCUGUUUGUGAUUGCUGUUGAUAGAGGUACCAGCCAGCUCCCAAUUGAGCGUGGUGGGCUGCAGAGUUGAAUGUUGCUGUUUACCUUCUGUAAGCUCUUUUACUGUACUAACCUAAACCUUCUGGCCUCGGGUUUCCUUGUGUUUCUUCGGUAUGACGCAGAUGAGCCUCUUUCUGCUUUUGUCUUUCCUGGUUUUGUGCUACUUGUUUGCAUCAGAGGAUCCUGUGCUUAAUGUUCUUUGCCUCUGUAGUUGAAGUGAUGACUAAGGGCUACCUUUUUCUCUUCUGAAGUUGAACUCAGGGAUAAAACCACUUUCAUCUUGCAGAAAGAUCUGCUUAGAUGGCUUGAGAGAAGGAGAUCCUUCACUUGCUUCCCAGAAGUGUGGGGGGAAAAGAAUCUUGAAGAAACCAGAUUUUUUUAGCCCACACAUGAACAGAACUGGGUAUGCAUGGAGUGCCAGCUGAGCUCUUCCAAUGUGCUUUAUGUAGUUCCAGUAAUGUCUUUAGGGUUGACGUUAUAAAUUGAGCACGAAGGAGGAAGGUAUAAAGUGAGAGCGAAUACAGUCCUGAGCUUCCCAGUGUUUGGCACCAAAUUGCUAUUUAAGUUCUGAGGUGGUGCAGCUGCAAUGAAAGGAGAAAUCUAAACGAGUCCCUUCAGAAAAAGAAUGCCCAUGCAUUUUUAUUGGGAGAGUGCUAAAGGUGCUUCUCCAGGAUGACUGUCAUGAGUGCAGAGCAGGAUGACUUACAGGGCUUCUUCCUUGAGCUGCUCUGGUACUCCCUGCACUUGCAGGAUUCACGAGACAAAGAUAAGCAGCUGGGCGCAGAAAGGAGCGCUGUCCUUGUAGCACAUUUGUGAAGUGCUUCUGACCUCCAGUGGUAUCUCGCUCAGUGCAGCAUUUCUUUAAGAUGAAGCGAGAACUACAUGCAGUCUUUGUUCCUGUUUUUGUUUUGAAGAUUAGGAGUGGGUCCAGGUUGUCAGUGUGUCAGGAGUUGCAGUGCCCACUGCAUAGCACCACUUGGUUCUCAACUGCUGCUUCUGUGGGAGCAGAACAGAUUUGUUGGAGCAGUCCUCUGGUGCCUUGCUAAGCAGAUUUGCAACUGUAAUUACAGGCUUAGAGGUGAACUGAAAUGCUGCCUUAAAUGUCAAAUCCCAUUAAAAAUGUGGAUAUAACACCACAGCCUCUAGAAUCCAGUCCCUGUGGUAUUGACUGCAAAUAAAUCUAUCCUGACAAGGAAACAGGAAGUUAGGAUGAGUCUUCAGGAUGUGUUUUUGCACACUGUGACGUUAACUGCAGAAUUUGCCCUGCUGCCAUUGGGCAUUAAGCACCUUUUAUUGCAUGGACUGUACUGAAAGAGCAUCUCGGACCUGCUGGGAUUUGACUUCAGUAGCAUGUGCUGUAAAAAGCAAUUGGAUGGUUAGUAUACCACAAAGCACCAGGAAACUCAGCAAUGAGCACAACUCUUGCUGUCUGUGUACAUGAGAAUAUUGCUUUGUCUCCUGUGGUUUGCAGAUCUCCAGAUACUUGGAAGGGGCUGUGUUUCCUUGUAGUUGGUCACCUGUGACACCCUCGCUGCUGGCCUUUGUAGAAAUGCAGUGUUUUUGUCCCCAGCUGUAAUUAUGUGGGGAGAGAUUUUGUUGUGCUGUUGGCCUCCUAGGAAGGAUGUGUCUGGGGAGGCAGGAAGAGGGGGAUUUAAGCAGUCCUUCCUUUAAAUGGAUUCUAGGGGAAGUUGCCUUCUUAUUCCUAUAAUUGGACUGAUUGUGCCAUCCUGAUGCUCUCACACGCAAUGACUCGCAGCCUUCUCUUGGCCACAGUGUACACGUGGGGAAGUGCUGAUCCUGCAGCAUUUCAGCUCGCUCCUGUAAGUGCUUCUCAUCUCUUACUUCUCAUUUCCCUUUUGUAAAUGCCCAAAGUGAGCAGCUCCACCUUCUGUGAUGCAAAUGAGUAUGAUUUAUACUCUUGGAUCAUCUCUAGGGCUAAUAGGAACCCAGUCCUGGUUUUAACUUGAAUGUCUUUUUGUUUUACAUCUAUUUAUAAUUAGAAUCAUUUUGAUUUUGUACCUGUUAUGUUGCAGAAAUUUGCACCGAGCCACUCUGAAUCGAGCACUUCCCCUGGUUGUUUGGAUGUUUUGUUUAUGGAGAAUUAAAGCUGGUGGCUUUACUUUUUAAACUGAUCUAAACUUGUUCUUCAACCAACACAGAGGAUCUGGUUGAAAGUGGGCUUUCAUGGGCAUUUGAUGGAUCUUGAACCUUUCUUUUGUCAGUGUCAGUACUGCUGCCUUCUUUCCCUAGGGGAAGAGAAUGCUGCAGAACUCGGGAUGGCUGUGGGCAGUGAACUGCCUCUUCUGUUGGGGUGCUUCUGGGUGAGGUGGGUUCAGACCAUUCCCCACAGCCUAUUGACUCCUCCAGGAGUUGUUGUGGUCUUAAGGAUCUCCACUACCCUGAACUCAUACCACAGUACAGAGCAGCUGCUGAUUGCAGCAAUGCUUGGGGAGCGUUAUUUGAAGCCUCUGUCAUUGGGCUUCACAGCCAACUCCCUCUUAUGCCAAGAGCCAGUUAAUAAUUCUUGUGGAAUAAUUAUUAUGGACUGCACAGUAACAGCCCCAGUUACCCUGGAAGAAAGAUUGGAGUCGCAGAAUCAUUAUUUCUGGGCUAAAAGUUUAUGGACAAUCUGCGCUGGCUCAUAUUCAAGAGUUUGCAGUUGCUAUUAUCACUGGAAAGAACCCCCACAAUUUUUAACCUAAAACCCCCAGUUCUGUGGGAUUGCUCGGGCUUCUGGAACAGCGGACAGUGCUGUACUAGGACAAAUUGGAAGGUAAUGGAAUUAAUGUAUAUUAAAUGUCAGUGAGAAACCACAAGAUCCUCUUCAGUGUAUGACACUUAGGAUGAUUUAUUACCAUUAUUGCUAAGCAAGUCCUCUUUCCUACUGUGGGUUUUUAAUCCACUUCACACUAAGCAGCUAUCGACUAACAGAUAUUGAUGGUCCUUGGAGCAGAAAUGGGAAGUCCUUCCUUCUCUAAGAGGCAGCUUCACUAUUACAAGGGCUGUCUGCUGCCUUCAGAUUCGUGAAGUGAAUGAUCAUUGAUUUGCUGCGUGGUUGCAAAAGAAACAAAGGGAAGGGAGAAGCUGUUCUGAAGGAGGGAAAUGAUGGCACCUGUACUGGAAAGCUCCUGCAAAAAACAGGACAUCUGAGUCUAAUACUCUGUUCCUGGGUACCAGUGAGCUGAAUGAGGAUGGUCCUGGGAACUAGAUAAGCAUAUGAGACUUUGUAUCUCUGGGAUUCAGUGUGAUUCUCCUUUACAAGCUUGUGUGAGGGCUGGAGAGAGGAGAGGAUUUAUUGUGAUUUUCUUCCAUCCGCAGUCCCUUCCCAGAAGGCUGGGGGAACAACUAUCAUGUAAUGAGCAUCAGUUUGUGACAGGAUAUAGUAGAUGGAGCACCUCUAAGCUAUACAGCGUAGAGCUGGCUGUCAGCCUGUCCUGUGGCCCUUAGAUGCAAGGCAUCUUUCUCCAUACGUUACUUCAGGGAGAAAGCAAGGUCUGGAACCCUAUAGUUUUUCCUCCAUUCCUUGUGGUGGCUGCUGUAGAAAGCAUCAGCCUCAUUUCGUGAGUCCCGGUGGCACUUUAAGUACGGGUUCACUUUUGAGUUUUAACAGGAGGGAUCCAUAAGGGAUGUACACACUUGUCUAUACAGAGCCUUGCCACAAGAAGCCAAAGCUUCAGCCUGAGGAGCGCUUUCUAGGUGAUCUGCUGAGGUAAGUGGAGUUUGUCACACCUGGUGAAAUACAGAAACCAGGAGAACUUGUAUGUGCCACUUCUCCUUGACAGUAGCCUGGUUCCUUGGUGUGCUGCCAGAAGGCCUGACUCAUACCUAGCUGGAAAUGCUGCUUUCUUGAAAAUAGCAACAGAAACUAAGGUAAAGCUUAGAGAGAAACAAUAUAAUGCAUAACGGUGAGCGAAUGCAGAAAUGGAAAUAAAACCACUAAGCUGUAGCAUACUAUUCUAGGGUUUGAGAAGUCGCUUUCACUGAUUUCAUGUUUAAGAACAGAACUGUAGGGCGCUUUCAGUAUUAUGGAGCUGGUGCCAGCAGUUGCAGAGAGGAUGCCUACCUCUGGAGGCAGGUAGGGAAACCAAGGGGUUACCUGCAACAGACCUGCUGGGAUUCUGCAGCCUUCGCUUCUCUCUUCGGAGCAUAACAAGUGGGAUGAGGUAAGAAGUG